CCUCUGGUCAAGGUUGCGUUUGCAGUUCCUCCAGCAGCAGCAGCAGCAGCAACAGCAGGACGCGUCAGGAAGCUCCUUUUACGCAUAAACAGAGAGCAGCCCGAUUAGCUCUGCUGUAACUUCUCCACGGAGGAAUCUCUCACCUCGCAGCAGCAGCCAUGGAUGAAAUGGAGGAAGAGUUAAAAUGCCCCGUGUGCGGCUCCUUCUACCGGGAGCCCAUCAUCCUGCCGUGCUCCCACAACAUUUGCUUGGCUUGUGCUCGGAAUAUUCUCGUGCAGACUCCCGACGCCGAGUCCCCGCAGAGCAGCCGAGCCUCCGGAUCCGGCGUGUCCGACUAUGACUACCUGGAUUUGGAUAAAAUGAGUUUGUACAGCGAGGCGGACAGUGGCUACGGGUCCUAUGGAGGUUUCGUGAGCGCUCCGACCACCCCUUGCCAAAAAUCGCCAAACGGCGUCCGGGUUUUCCCCCCGACUGUCCCUCAGCCUCCAGCCCCGCAGCAGCACCUCCUCCCGCAGCCCGGUUCCUUACCUCCGAUCCCGCGCAACUCCUGCAUCACCUGCCCGCAGUGCCACCGCAGCCUGAUCCUGGACGACCGGGGGCUCCGCGGCUUCCCCAAGAACCGGGUGCUGGAGGGGGUGGUGGACCGGUACCAGCAGAGCAAAGCGGCCGCGCUCAAGUGUCAGCUGUGCGAGAAGAGCCCGAAGGAGGCCACGGUCAUGUGCGAGCAGUGCGACGUCUUCUACUGCGACCCGUGCCGCCUGCGCUGCCACCCUCCCCGCGGUCCCCUCGCCAAGCAUCGCCUGGUGCCGCCGGCGCAGGGGCGGAUAAGCCGCCGCACCAGUCCGCGUAAAAUCUCCACUUGCACGGAGCACGAACUGGAGAAUCUCAGCAUGUACUGUGUUCAGUGUAAGAUGCCGGUGUGCUAUCAGUGUUUGGAGGAAGGAAAACACGGAACACACGAGGUCAAAGCUUUGGGCGCAAUGUGGAAACUGCACAAGGGUCAGCUGUCUCAGGCUCUGAACGGCCUUUCAGAUCGAGCCACCGAGGCCAAGGAGUUCCUGGUUCAGCUCAGAAACAUGGUGCAGCACAUCCAGGAGAAUGGUGUGGAGUUCGAGGCCUGUUUGGUGGCUCAGUGCGACGCCCUCAUCGACGCCUUGAACCGACGUAAAGCCCAGCUGCUGGCUCGAGUCAACAAAGAGCACGAACACAAGCUGAAGGUGGUUCGGGAUCAGAUCUCCCACUGCACGGUGAAGCUGCGUCAGACCACCGGAUUGAUGGAGUACUGUCUGGAGGUCAUCAAGGAAAAUGACCCCAGUGGUUUCCUGCAGAUCUCCGAUGCUUUGAUCCGGAGGGUCCACAUGACAGAGAGCCAGUGGGGUAAGGGAACUCUCACCCCGAGGAUGACCAGCGACUUUGACCUCACUCUGGACAGCGGACCUCUUCUGCAGACCAUCCACCAGCUGGACUUUGUACAGAUGAAAGUCCCAGCUGCUCCGAUGCUCCAGCUGGAGGAAUGCUGCACUCAGAACAACAGCGCCACGUUGUCAUGGAAACAGCCGCCGCUUUCCACCAUCGCCGUGGACGGAUACAUCCUGGAGCUGGACGAUGGAAACGGGGGUCCGUUCAGGGAAGUGUACGUGGGGACGGAGACCAUCUGCACGGUGGACGGACUCCACUUCCACAGCACGUACAAGUCCAGAGUGAAGGCCUUUAACGCCAGCGGAGUGGGCCAGUACAGCAAGACUCUGAUCAUGCAGACCUCUGAGACUGGACUCCCCCCAUGUGAUAUUCAGUCUAUAGGCACAGUUGCCUGGUUCACCUUGGACCCGGCCUCUGCUCACCCCGACAUCAUCUUCUCCAACGACAACCUGACGGUGACCUGCAACAGCUACGACGACCGGGUGGUCAUGGGGAACUCCGCCUUCUCCAGAGGCAUCCAUUACUGGGAGAUGACCAUCGAUCGCUAUGACAACCACCCCGACCCAGCGUUCGGCAUCGCCCGGGCCGACGUGCUGAAGGACGUGAUGCUGGGGAAGGACGACAAGGCCUGGGCCAUGUACGUGGACAACAACCGCUCCUGGUUCAUGCACAACAACUCACACACCAACAGGACGGAUGGAGGCAUUGCUAAGGGAGCUACGAUCGGAGUUCUGCUGGACUUCACACGUGGGAUCCUCAUCUUCCUGAUCAACGAUGAGCAGCAGGGUCCGGUGGCCUUUGAAGGUUUGGAGGGAUCGUACUACCCCGCUAUCAGCCUCAACAGAAACGUCCAGGUGACGCUGCACACUGGUCUACCCAUCCCUGACUUCUACACCCCUGGGGAGGCAGAUCCCAAUGGCUCCGUGUGCUAAAGACUCACCUGCUUUGGGAAAAACUCUUCAGGAUUUCCCAGAGUUCAUCCUGCCAGUCAAUAACUCUGAUCCCGCCGACCGACCCCUCCAUGCCCCCAUCCAGCGCUGAGCCAUGCCUUUAUCAGGCCUAAACCUUGAACACGAGGGCCACCUGCAGGACACUGUUCAACUCGGACGGUGCUUUGCCAUCUGUACCUUGUAUUUUGAUGGGAAUUAGUUAGUUGAACACGUGGAAAUGAUGCUGAAUUUGCAGCUGAUGGACAUAACAUGAGCUUGAAGGAACAAUUUGAUAUUUUAGAAACUACACUCCACUGUAAUGUCCCUAUAUUCUAUAUCAUAAAACAGACACUUAAGACUGGAAACAAUGGACAAAAAAGGUGCAAAUUUAACCUCUGCAGCAUAAAAAUGACACUUAUGAGCACAAAAAGAAUGUGAACAAACAGGAUUAAUAUUUUGUGAGCUUUAGAGGAGUGUCUUUGUGGAUGUUGUUUCCUUUGGACAAGCUUCCUCUUGUUUCCAAUCUUGUCUUUCCACAAGAAAGCAAAUAUUUCCUCUCAAAAUGUCAAAUUGCUCCUUCAAAAUAAAACUUUUGUAAAUGAGUGGGGCAGAAAAAGGAGCCCCCAUCAUUCCAUCCUCAUAGAGUUUCAGUAUCUUAUUCUGCAACCACAGAACUUUUUCAAAAUCGUCUUUUUAAGGGGGAAUGUUAGGAGGUGGUCUUUGGUCUGUUUACGUCAAUGUGAGCGAAGGUGGGUUCUGGAGCAAUAGUCCGACUCUCAGCCGCGUCACUGUCAUAACCUUCGUCCAUGUAAAUGAGGCGCUUUUCUUAGUGGCUUAGCUCGUGUGAACCUUCUGUGUCGUCCGUAAUUUUAAAAAAAAUUAAAAAAUACAGCAUUGUUGUAUUAAAAUGUGACUGGAAGCCUUGGUGCAGCCUUUCUCUGCCGUGCAGCUCUCAGAACAGAAGGGAAGCAGUUUUUUUUCUUUGGUUUAUUGUAUCAUAUAGAAAAGUGAGUCGGGUUAAAGGUGAUGACUGUGAAGAUGUUUGAAUAUAAGGUGCUACAGCAGCUCGCUUAGUUUCUGGCUUUUUUUACCGUAGGUGACUGAAUACUGGUAGUUUUGUAAUAUUGUUAUUGAAAUUAUCUAUUGCAAAGAGGUGUAUAGCAAAAUAAGUUCUUGAUGUUCAGAGUUUUUUGAGUUUUUUCCAACGAGAAUUCAUCCUUGUUCCUUUUAGUACGAUGUAUAGUUAUUACAGAGAGGAAGAAAGGAAGAUUUUGUCGCUUUGAAAAAAGUUUCUUUUCCGAUCUGAAGAGGCUUUUUCGGUUUUAUUUCCUACAAAAGCAAACAGGAGAUGGAAGACAGAAGCUUCUGGGGCAUCACAUUUGGGCAACAGCUUCCUCAAAAAGCAGCAACGUGAGAAUUUCUUCUGUUAAAGCAAUGCUAACAUGAAUGUUUUGCAGGUUUAAUGUUUACUGAGUAUUUCUCAAAGCACAGCUGGGGAUGAUGGGAAUAUUAGUUUUGCAGAUAUUUGAUUUUAAAAAAUGACAUUAUAAUGGUGCUAGCUGUAAAGUUAAGUCAGUUUAUGAGGCACUGAUCUAAAUUAAUGCAGCAUAAAUAGGAACCUGCUGUUGCUAGCCUGAUUAAAAAAAUAAAACCAAGAUGGCUGCUGAGUUGUAGGACUUGCUUACUAGGCUUUUAUUUCCACCUGUUUAUAUCAAUGAGAGGAGAAGCACCUCUAAAUAUAACAUAAUAGUUCAACAGCAGCAUGAAUUGUAGCCUACAAAACGACCAAAAAGUUAAAUCAAAACCUCUCAACAACACUUUAAACAAAAACUUAGCAUCAUAGCACUUCAACAUAAUGUUGGAUUGCAUCAGUUUUCCUAAUAAACUGGCAGCUGAGUGUAGUUGGUCCUGAGAGGAACAUUUUAAUGUCUGCAGAGAGGUCGACCAUCUGACUGUCACCGCCAUCGAUGCUUUAAAAUAACAUUUCCUGAAAUGUUGAAAGGUCAGUUUGAGGAAACCGUUGCCUCUAAAAGUUGCCCUAAAAGUUUCCCAGAGCAUCGUAGCCCUGAGACUUACAGCCUACAUGUCUAGCAUUCACAUUAAGGUGCUAUCCUAUGUUUGAGCUUCAUGGGUUGUGCCUUUUCCCCUCUUCAGUACCUACAAAACAUUUAUAAAACUUUGCUACCAACUAGUGGAUUCAUUGCUUCAGCAGAGUCGACUGUAACAUCUGUGAUGCCUGACUUCACCUGCUGCUACGUAUUUUUUCUAUUGUAAAAGGGCAAAAUUCAACAUCAACCACGUUUGCUAUGGAUAUAACGACCACAGUAUUAAAGGGAAUAUCAGGUCUCGUAUGGCUUUUUGUUCCCUCCUCCUCCCCCUCUGGGAUUAAAGUGAUUGUAAAUCUUAGAACUCUACUAAAAUGGCUUCUAUUUUCCUGUAUGUCCAUGUGGACUGACGGUGAAAAAGUAAAUCCGGCUGCUGCAGCGUUCAGCGAGUCGCAUGGCCUUCGCUGUGAGGUUUGAUUCAUGCAACAUCUAACUGGCUGUUUUUCAAGGUGAGCCUUUUGUAGGGCCGUAAUUCUCAUAGUGAAAAAGAGCCCAUUCAGCAGUGGGUCGCCGAGCAGAUUCUUCACCAACAGACAAGUGCAGCCGUUAUCAGAGCGUUACACAACCUCAGAGUCCAGGAUUAAUGACCUCCGUGGCUUUAAUUCAAAGGGUUUUCAAUAUGACUCACACUUCUGUUCAUUUUCAACAUAAUUACAAGAUAUUCUGUGUGAAUUUGUCAACAUUUGUGAUUGAAAAAUGACCCGAGUGUGUUUCUGAAGCAAACACAAGGGGGCGCUGACAUUCAAAGGUGUGUGAUUGUAACAUUUAUUAUCUCUAAACAAGCCAAAUACACUUUAAAGAUGUUCAAAUAGACCUGGGGAAGAUUUAAAACUAAACUGUUCAGAAUUACUAAUAACUUACACACAGGUAGUCGCUGGGCGAUACUGAGUGUUGAAUCUCCAAAUGUAAAUACGUGUGUGUGUGUGUGUGUGUGUGGGUGUGGGUGUGUGUGUGUGACCUGCAUUAUAGCCUCAUUUUAACAAAGUCAUUCUUUUUGCCCCGUUUGAUCUGAGGUGGAAUGUCAUCAAUAUUAUUAUUUACAGUCAACCUGAAAUAUCUCUAUGGAGAGUUUUAUGAAUAUAAGACGAACAUUGUUAUUCCUAUCAUUUUAACACAGUAUGAUUACUAUGACUGAUAUAAUUAUAUGUCUAUCAUUACCAUAUUACUGCUAUUAUUACCAUGAUUUGACGUAUAAUAUGAGCCUCUGUGUUUUCUGUAUGUGUGAAAAUUCAAUAAAUAGGUGUCAACAAGG